AUGUUUAAAUUGCUUCCUACUGUUUCCAUCACACGAUUCUCUUCCAAUCAUCAUCAACAAACAGGUUGUGUUUUAAAGAAGGGAAUUUUCGGAACACUAAAUUCAUCAUUAAUUGGAGGAAGAAAUUACUCUUCAAUAAUUCAUGAAACGAAGGAGGAAAUAAUCAAGCCUUUUGCUUUACCAUUCUCUGUUCUGACAAAGGCUCAUCCAUCAUCAUUGGUAUCCUUCGAGAAUAAUAUUAAACACAUGAGAGGAAUUAAUUUGUUUUCCGAUGAGAAUCAUAAUGCCUUCACUGAGGUAAUUGCUCAGGCUGGUCAUCAUCCAGAAAAGUUGGUAAAUCAUUUGCAAGUUAAUAGACAAGCUCAUCCAUUGAUUUAUCCAUUUAAUCAUUCAGAGAGAAAUAAUGGAAGAUUGGUUGUUUGUUUAUUGGGUUGGUUGGGAUCGAAUUGGAAACAUGUUGACAAGUUUGUGAAUUGGUAUGAUUAUUGUAAUAUUGAAACUUUGAGUACAAUUCCACCAAUUUUGUCAACCAUUUCACCAUCUCAUACUCAGACAGUUUGUGAGGAAUUUGUCAGACAAAUGGAAGAAAAGAUUCUGAAUCAUGAAAUGGCUGAUAAUACCACAAUUAUUUUCCAUGUUUUUAGUGGAAAUGGAAUUCACAUGUUUUCCAGAUUGUUAGAAAAUGAAAAAUUUGUGGAUAAAUUCCUUCCAAGAACGAAGGGAUUUGUCGUUGAUUCUGCACCACCAAUGUAUAAUUAUGAAAGAUUUACCGAGGGAUUUGUUGGAGCCAUAAAAACAGCAAUGGGAUCUCGAAUGGAUAGAAACAAAUCUAGAAAAGAAAAUGCACCAUCCUCCACCGAUCAGAAACUCAAAAUACUCAAAGAAGAACAAGCUAAAAGCAGAGAAUUUUACAAACACUGGUUAUUGACACCAGUUGUCUCCUCAUUUUUCAAACUCUAUUUCAAUAUGGGAGCUCGAGAACGAUUUGAAAGAUUGGAACAAACUCUAGUCAACCACACCAAAUCCAUUCCAAAAUUAUUUAUUUACAGUCAUGGAGAUGUUCUCAUUCCUCAUAGUGAUAUUGAUUUUUAUCUUUCUAAACAUUUUGUUGAGGAACGUUUAGAAAGAUUGGCUUAUCAACAAGAAAAAGGUCAAUCAGGUCCUGAACAUGUUUCAGAUAAGGAAUUUGAUGAAUGGAUCAAGACACACCACCAAUCAGAAACUCAAUUUUUACUUGAUGAACUCGUUUUCCAUGAUUCUGAUCAUGUUUACCAUUUUAAGGAACAUCCAAGAGAAUAUAGUGAAAGAGUUUUGCGUUUCAUUCAUUUGAGUUCAAAGAAAUAA